AUGCUCAGCCUCACCACCCUUUCGGCUCUCCUCCUCGCUCUCCAGGCAACUGCAUCACCUGUGCUCAGUGAGCGCAGCGUCGAGAAGCGUCACUCCAAUUGCUUCAGCUACAAUCAGGCCGGAUGCCAGUUCGGGACCACAGGCCGACAGGGCGCUGUCGCUACUGAAGUCGGGACAUGCUCCGAGAUCGGUAUCGACAUCCUCCAGCAGGGCGGGAACGCCGCUGAUGCUAUGAUCGCCUCAGCGCUCUGCGUCGGUGUCAUCGGUGCCUACCACUCCGGUCUCGGUGGUGGUGGAUUCAUGAUCGUCCGAUUCAACAACAAGAACGGUACUGGCCACUCCUACGAGACCAUCGACUUCAGAGAGACCAUGCCGGCGGCUGGUAACCUCACUCUCUUCAGCUCUUUCGGUGUCAACCAGACCGCCUCUACCGUCGGCGGUCUCUCGGUCGGUGUUCCUGGUGAACUCCGAGCCUGGCAGACUCUGUGGCAGCGCCACGGCUCCCUUCCCUGGAAGUCGCUCUUCCAGCCCGCCAUCAACGUCGCUCGCGGCGGCUUCCCGGUGAACGUCGAUCUCGCCAGUUUCCUGGCCAACCGGACCUUCAUCCUCAACGACGCCAACUGGCGCGAAUCGUACGCCCCCAACGGCACCAUCAUCGGUCUCGGCGACAUGUGCUACCGCCGCAAGCUCGCCACCACCCUCGAGUACAUUGCCAACAAUGGCGCCGACUCGUUCUACUCGGGCACCAACAUCUCGCGCAACAUCGUCAACAAGGUCAGGCAGACUGGGGGUAUCAUGACCGAGGCGGAUCUGGCGGGGUACAAGGCGAUCGUCAAGGAGCCGACUAUGAUCAGCUACCGCAACAAGAAGAUCUUCUCCACUCGCGCUCCUUCUUCCGGGGCCAUCACCCUCUCUGCGCUCAAGAUCUUUGAAGGCUUUGACGGCAAGAACUUCAAUGGGACCGCCCAGCCCGGUACUCCCGGCUACAACGAGACUGAGCAGCGUCUCGUCGAGGCCAACAAGUUCGCCUACGGCCAGCGCGCCACCUUUGGUGACCCCGCCUUCACCGCCAACGUGACCUACCUUGAGAACUCGUACCUCACCGACGAAGUCGCGGCUGCAGCCCGCGCCAAGAUCGUUAGCGGCAAGACCUUCCCUGUCGGCUAUUACAACCCCUCCAACUACUUCCCAUCUCGCGAGGCCGGUACCAGCCACCUCGCCACUGCCGAUGGUACCGGUAUGGCUGUCAGUCUGACCACCACUGUGAACUUGAUCUGGGGCUCGCAAGUCAUGACCGAUGACGGUAUUAUUCUCAAUGACGAGAUGGAUGACUUCUCUUCUCCUGGCCAGGUCAACGCGUUCGGUUUCGCUGCCUCACCCAUCAACUUCAUCCAAGGCGGCAAGCGCCCUCAAUCUUCCAUCUGCAGCUCCAUCGUCGAGAACCAGAAUGGCGAGUUCGUCAUGGCCACCGGAUCAGCCGGCGGUUCCCGAAUCAUCACCACCACCCUGCAGCAACUCCACCACUACAUUGACCAGGGGAUGAACGCGUCCAUGUCGACCCGGUUCCCGCGAUGGCACGACCAACUGAGCGGGACGACCUUCUUUGAGCUGCCGAACCAGGCGUACGGCCUCGCGGGCUACGACAACUCGACCGUCGCGUACUUCCGCAAUAUCGGGUACAACAUCACCUACCAGAACCCUCUGGGCGGAUCGACCAGUCACGCUAUCAGCAGGCUGCCGAACGGGCUGUUGGAGGCGGCGUCGGACCCGCGCAAGUCGGCUGGCUAUGGCGCGGCGUACUAG